AUGCUCUCUCCUUGGUUGAAUAUGGAUUGGAUUGGGACACUCUUGAGUUUCGGUUUCGUCACGUUCAUGCUGAUCGCUCUGCAAUGGGGUGGAAAUGAAAGACCAUGGAGCGAUCCAGUUGUCAUUGUGUUUCUGGUUCUGUCUGGAGUCCUGAUGGUCGCAUUUGUGGCUUGGGAGCAUCGGCUUGGGAGUCGUGCGUUGGUUCCCAUUGACAUGAUGUUGCGAAAAAACGUCUUUGCGUCGUCGUUUUCAGCGCUCUUUGGACAUCUUUGUUUUGUCAUAUUUACCUACUACUUGCCGCUACUCUAUCAAGUACGAGGACACUCCGCCACUCGCUCGGGUGUGGACAUUAUACCCUUCAUGAUAUCCGGUGUCGUCUCCUCAAUGGUAGCUGGAGGAGUCGCUUCCGAAACCGGCUGGGCUUGGCCCUUCCUCGUAUUCGCACCGCUCCUAGCAGCAGUCGGAUUCGGCUUGUUUUUCGAGGUCUCCCAAAAUACGAGUUCGUCGCAUAUUGCCGGCCUUCAGAUUCUCGUAGGAAUUGGACUUGGAUGUGUUGUUCAACUUCCGAUUGUGGUCGCACAAGCAGAGUACGUUAACGAGGAGCACCUCGUGCCUCAAGUAACAUCCCUGGCUACCUUCAUCCAAAUUAUCGGUAGCUCAGCUGGCCUUGCAAUUGCGGGUGCCGUCUUCGCGGCCAGUUUAGAAUCCCGAUUGGACACCCUCCCCAGUUUAUCACCCAGCCAAAUUGGUGCUGUCCGAUCCAGCGUGGAGGCAAUAUUCUCGUUACCGGAUCCUCAGAAGCAGGAAGCAUCGGGUGCGUAUGUUGCAGCUAUUCAGCGUGUGUGGUUGAUUGGUGUUCCGUCGGCUGCGUUGGCUGCGAUGGUGGCGCUGAUUAUUACGAGGAAGCGUAUCAGGAAGGUUGAAGGGCAUUAG